AUAUCGUAUUAGGUUUUAGGGUUUACAGGGACUUAGGGUUUAUAGGUGUGUGGAAAAUGGAGGAGCGUAGCGAGGGCGCCAGCGCGCUGAUCGCCGCCAAGAUGCUGCAGGGAUGGGCGCUUCUCGGCGAGCAUUGUCCGGCGUGUUUGACGCCACUGAUGAGGAACAAGGAGAAGAGGAUGUAUUGCGUUUCUUGCCAGCAAUGGGUAGUGCGUGAGAAUGAGACUGCCAAGGUCGACAAGGCUGUGAAGAUCGAGAAGAUUGAGGCUGGUGAAGAAGAUGGAAGAGAUGGGAAUUCGAGCGCGGCACCUUGGAGAGAUAGAGAUCAACCUCCACAUUUGCUUCCAAAGGUGUCUGAGGAGUAUUGGUCACCGGAAGUGAUAAGCACUGUGGAAGUCAAAAUCAUGGAGCUGCGCAAAGCCAUCGACGAAACUAGAGAUGUUGCGCAACUAAAACUGGUAGGCCAAGUUUCAUGUUUUCUUUUUCAACACAAACGCGCAACCUUUGCUUUUCCUUGGCAGCUCAUAGAUACUUUAACUUCGUGCUUGACAUGCCUGGAGCUUCUCCGGAAAAACUAG